CUCAGCGGCUUUUGCGAGCCAGGGGAGGGGAGCGGCGGCGGCGAGGGCUGCUGAGCCUCGCGCGGGCGGCUAGGGGCCUCUGAGCGCGGCGGGUGGCGACGCCCCGAGCGGUUGGCUCAGCAUGUCGGUCAGCGUCCAUGAGACCCGCAAGUCGCGGAGCAGCACGGGCUCCAUGAACAUCACGCUGUUCCACAAGGCCUCGCACCCCGACUGCGUGCUGGCGCACCUCAACACGCUGCGCAAGCACCGCAUGUUCACGGACGUCACGCUCUGGGCCGGCGACCGCGCCUUCCCCUGCCACCGCGCCGUGCUGGCCGCCUCCAGCCGCUACUUCGAGGCCAUGUUCAGCCACGGCCUGCGGGAGAGCCGCGACGACACGGUCAACUUCCAGGACAACCUGCACCCCGAGGUGCUGGAGCUGCUGCUGGACUUCGCCUACUCGUCCCGCAUCGUCAUCAACGAGGAGAACGCAGAGUCGCUGCUCGAGGCGGGCGACAUGCUGCAGUUCCACGACGUGCGCGACGCGGCCGCCGAGUUCCUGGAGAAGAACCUGUUCCCGUCCAACUGCCUGGGCAUGAUGCUGCUGUCGGACGCCCACCAGUGCCGCCGGCUCUACGAGUUCUCGUGGCGCAUGUGCCUGGUGCACUUCGAGGCCGUGCGGCAGAGCGAGGACUUCAACAGCCUGUCCAAGGACACCCUGCUGGACCUCAUCUCGAGUGACGAGCUGGAGGCGGAGGACGAGCGCGUGGUCUUCGAGGCCAUCCUGCAGUGGGUCAGGCACGACCUGGAGCGGCGCAAGGCCCACCUGCCCGAGCUGCUGCGCGGCGUGCGGCUGGCCCUGCUGCCGUCCGACUGCCUGAAGGAGGCCGUGUCGGGCGAGGCCCUGCUCAUGGCCGACGAGCGCACGCGGCUCAUCGUGGACGAGGCGCUGCGCUGCAAGGCCCGCAUCCUACAGAACGACGGCGUGGUCACCAGCCCCUGUGCCCGGCCGCGCAGGGCCGGACACACGCUGCUCAUCCUCGGGGGCCAGACCUUCAUGUGUGACAAGAUCUACCAGGUGGACCACAAGGCCAAGGAGAUCAUCCCCAAGGCGGACCUGCCCAGCCCCCGCAAGGAGUUCAGCGCCUCGGCCAUCGGCUGCAAGGUCUACGUGACCGGGGGCCGGGGCUCCGAGAACGGGGUCUCCAAGGACGUGUGGGUGUACAACACCGUCCACGAGGAGUGGUCCAAGGCGGCGCCCAUGCUCAUCGCCCGCUUCGGCCACGGCUCGGCCGAGCUGGAGAACUGCCUCUACGUGGUCGGGGGGCACACGUCCCUGGCUGGCGUCUUCCCGGCCUCGCCGUCUGUCUCCCUGAAGCAGGUGGAGAAGUACGACCCCGGGGCUAACAAGUGGACGAUGGUGGCCCCGCUGAGGGAUGGCGUCAGCAAUGCCGCGGUCGUGAGCGCCAAGCUGAAGCUCUUUGUCUUCGGGGGGACCAGCAUCCACCGGGACAUGGUGUCCAAAGUCCAGUGCUACGACCCCGCAGAGAACCGGUGGACGAUCAAGGCCGAGUGUCCCCAGCCUUGGCGGUACACCGCUGCCGCCGUGCUGGGCAGCCAGAUCUUCAUCAUGGGAGGCGACACGGAGUUCACGGCUGCCUCGGCCUACCGCUUCGACUGCGAGACCAACCAGUGGACGCGGAUCGGGGACAUGACUGCCAAGCGCAUGUCCUGCCACGCCCUGGCCUCGGGCAACAAGCUCUACGUGGUGGGGGGCUACUUCGGGACCCAGCGGUGUAAGACCCUGGACUGCUAUGACCCCACCUCGGACACGUGGAACUGCAUCACCACCGUGCCCUACUCGCUUAUCCCCACGGCCUUUGUCAGCACCUGGAAGCACCUGCCUGCAUGAGGCGCACCUGUAGAGCCCAACCAGACGCUGUGUGUUUCUCCCCACCCCAUGGCUGCAGCCCUCACUGUUGCACGGUGGCCCUGACCCUGUCUGCCACGGCAGGAAGCUCAGCCCGGCCCCAGGCCAGUACUCCGAGCAGCUGGAAGUCGGCCCCACCAGCUCUGGGCGGCUUCGGGGGCUGCUCUGAGCUUCAGAGAAGAAAAUCCGUCUCCAGCACCCUGUGUGUCUGGCCUAGGCCUUUCCUGCUUUGCAGUGGUUUGCAGGGGAGAGGACCUUUCAAGGGGGGGUGUGGACGAACGCCAGGACUCCCUCAGCCUUGGGGAGAAGGACGCAUUUGCAGAGCAUUGAGGUCGCCUAUUUCAGCAAGUUCUGGACUGGGAUGGGGGUGCUGGGUGUGUGUGGGGGGGUGUCCCUGAAGGGGUGGGGGUGGCAGCACUGACAGCAUGGUCUUUGGCUCAGGGCUUCCCUAUUGAUAUUGUAAUGUCUCCCCACAGAUGAUGUCCCAGGCCUCUGGGAAACAGGUGCACCGGGGCUGAGAGCAGAAUGUGCCAUGGAGAAAGUCAGCACAUUAAGGGAGGGAACCCUUCGGUGAUGCCCACCAGUCUCCAUUAGCAAAUCACACUCAGACCCCCAGGGUUAAUAGACCCCUCCCCAGAGUCGGGCCUUGCCCCUAGUGACCUCACCACCUCCUGGUCAGGCCAGCUGUGACCCAGGAUACUGUGCGUAGGUGCAGAUGCAUGUGGAGACCAGGGUAUGCCCCAUCACCUCCCCUCAGAGCCCAGCCCAAGAGGCAGCAAUGACCCCAUCUCCUGACAGGAACACGGUCACCCUAGAAUAUGGCACUACCCUCCAAGACCAGCAGCAGAUAUGAGCUGGGGACCACAGAGGGACUCCAGGGUGCCCACUAUAGAUCCCACCGGGGCUGGACACAUCUCAACUUGGAGGAUGACAAGGCCCAUGAUGCCAGCCCCCAUCCAGUGCCAGCUGUCCUCUGAAAUCUUGCCCUUCCAGCUGGUAAUGGGAUCUGGCCCCUUUACCCCCUGAGCUCAGAAACAAUGGUCCCAAGAAAACUGCCAACCAUUUGUUCAUUUUUUCCACCUCCCAAGUCAUUGGGUACCUCAUAGGUACAACCUCAGCAUCUGGGGAUCUGGAGAGGUUGGCUCCUGCCAGCGGCCCUCCUCACACCUAGUGUUAGAGUUUCUGAGCUGGUCCUUCGCUUGCCCCAGUGCAAGACCAUCAGCUGCCACUUGGGAAAAAGCCAAAAGCAGAAGGAAGGCACAUCUCCAGGUUCUUUGGACCCCACAGACCCCACCUGUGUGAGAGGCUGACCUCUUGCUCUUGGUGCUUCAUCUCAGCCACCUAGAAGCCAGGUGAGCCAUCUCCCAGGAGAUGGCUCUGCCUGAGAUUUGGGGAGGCCCUGGGGCUGGUGGGGAAGCAGCAGCCCCAGGUCCAGAGCCCACACUGCCUGGAGGGGCCCCUGUGGCCUGUUGCAUUGCUGAGCCGAGUUAAGCACAGAUCUCACAGCACAGUGGGCCUCGCAGUGGUGCUUUUCCUAAAAGUUGUGUUGCUUUUAUCCAUUUCUAACUAACUUAAUAAAAGAAAGAGUUGAGAAAAAUCUUGCUUUCUUUGGGUGCUGAGGCCAGUCUUGUGGGACAUUAAGGCACAAGCAAACUGAUUUCCACCCCACCAGCCAGGGCUCAGAGUCUGCCCCUCUGGGGGGUUGAGGGAGAUUCACCUUCUGCAAGCAGGCAGAGGAGAGGGCUUCCUGUCCUCAGAUUGAUUGUUUGUUUCAGCAGCAGAAGCCUUUAAACUGAUUCUCAUGCAUAGAAUCCUGAGUACUUUUUUUCCUGAAAAAUCCGUGCGUGGGUGAACUCUAACUUGAAGAUGUAAUUCCAUUCAUUUCCAUGUGUUCUUUUGUGUGCUGUGAACCCCCAGUUGACAAUUGUGUGAAAAUAACACAAGCAGCGUUAAGGCAGGCAUCAAUACUCCAGUGGCUAGCAUCAGUGAUCAUGACACAAAUGCUAAUGCUCAUGUUCACCUGCUCUCCUUUCACACAUUUUCACAGCUAUUAUGAACCAUAAACUCAAGAAUGUGGACACAGGGCUGUGACAGCCACAGAUUAUAAAGAGGAGGCCCUUCCCAACAUCCCACUGCAGGCCCUGAACACCACAGCAUCAAACACACCACCUACCUAUCAAUCAAGGGGACAACAGCCAACACACCUUGGAGAAAGAUGAGGCUGGCAUCCAUUCCAAAAACAGCCCUUGCACCAAAAAUAUUGGAUUCACACAGCCUACACUGAGAUGCUCCACAUAAAAACACCUCUUCAAGACCACAGUAGGUAAUUGUUUCUUCUAAAUUUGUAGAGACAAACAUAAAAUGAAAAAGCAGAGGAAAUAAUCCCAAUUAAAAGAACAAGAGAAAUCCUGUGAAAGAACAAAUAAUAUGAAGCAG